UCUCCUCGCCCACCAACCAACAUUAAAGUAAGGUACAAAGUCCAUUACAUGAAAUGAAAAAUGUUUAGCCGGGCAAGAUUGGUUUAUAUUUUGAAGUUUCAACGUGUUAAGCUUACAACUUUUUAUUAUCAGUUUCGAAGGGUUAAGCCAAUACUAAAUCAACUUUAUAACAGCAUAGUGACACAAGCAUCAUUUAUUUCAUCAAUAGCCUUGUUUAGUUCUGCUUUUGUUUUGCAAGCUGCUGCACAAGAAAGUCAGAAAAAUAUGUCCGAAAUAACAAAAGCAGAAGAACUUUAUGAUCAGAAUGAUUUUAAAGGAGUCUAUGAAUAUUUACUUCAAUUUAAAGACAGUAAUAACCCGGAAUUGUUAUGGCGGUUGGUGCGUGGGACCAGGGACCGUGCCGGCAUGGCAGAUGUGAGUAAGGAAGAAAAGAAGAAGAUGAUAUUUGAAGCAUUCGAAGUUGCAAAACAAGCAUUGGAAUUAGGUGAUGAUAACUAUGCAUGUCACAAGUGGUAUGGCAUCAUGCUUAGUCAAACUGGAGAUUAUAUUGGUACUAAAAAGAAAAUCGAAGAUUCUCCGGUCAUGAAAAAGCAUUUUGAGAGGGCUAUUGAAUUAUGUCCCACCGAUGCAACUUCUCAUCAUUUAAUUGGGAUGUGGUGUUUCUCAUUUGCUGACUUAGCAUGGUAUGAACGAAAGAUAGCAGCAGUUGUAUUCGGCUCACCUCCUGAAUCAACCUAUGAAGAGGCUUUGUCUCACUUCAAAGAAGCAGAAUCAUUGAGUCCGUCUUUUUAUAGUACGAACCAAUAUAUGAUUGCAUUAGUGUUACUAAAGAUGGGGAAGAAAUCUGAAGCAAAGGAAUGGUUCCAAAAAUUGUCGCAAUUCAAAGUAAUAAAAGAAGAAGACAAAGAGAAUGUCAAGAAAGCACAAACUCAAAUGGAAUGUUUGUGAAGAUCGAAUCAAAUAAAGACAGUGAAUUUUCUGCCCAAUACUUCCUAGUAGUGAAAUGUUGAAAUUGUAAUAACUUAAGGAAAGAAAUUUUCGCGAUAAAGAUUUUCGCGAAUCAAGGGCCCAAAAUUUACGAAUUUUGCGAAAGAAAGGUUUUACGAAACAAGGAUGUAAGGAAAUAUUUCGAACAACAAAUGUAGACAUUUCUGAAAAUCAGAUUACUUGCUGUUAUAUAUAUUUUGUUAUGAUACAAAGUUAAAAUAACUUUAACUUUCAAAGUUAAAAUUUCAAAAUAGUAUGUUUCAAAACAUUUUGUGAGGAAAUGUCAGUUAAUUUUCGCGGAUGGGCAUUUAAAAGUUAUUUCGCGGAAAAAUUUUUUCGCGACUCGGAAAAUAUCGGUAAAUUUCGGCAGAUUUUUUUCUCGCGAAAAUUUCUUCCCGUAAGAUAUAGUAUGUGGCUUGCCUGUUUAUUUCAUAUGGCUAGCUUGUUUAUUUCGUGGUGCUUGAAAACAAACAAAACAAACAAAAACUUCUGCAAUUUAACUUCCUAAUGAGAAAAGAUUUUGUCGAUGUACAGACUGGCGGGUUUUCGUAAGUCCAAAUGCGUCGCUAAUUUUUUUGCGUAUGUAGACUUUCUCGCAAAAGCCAUUGUAAGGUAGUUAACAUUGUGUUUGUGGCUAGAUUUUGUAUAAUUAUUGUAUCAGAAUUUAUAAUGUAUUAACCUUUGGCAUGUAGCACAGACUGUGUUUGAAUCUCCGAUGUUGUAUCCUUUGAUAAAUAAAUAAAUUUUCAUUUGUAUUUUUAAUUUAUAGGGAGAAGAACCAUAUUUUUAUAUGGAACCCAAUUUGAUGUUAAAUAAAUAAAUAAAUAAUUCUGUUUGAA